AGGGCUUUUGCCAAGGCCCACGAAGGAAAAUUCUGAAAACACAAAUACGACACCUCAGAAAGCAAAUUUGGUGUAUAAAAACGAACGGAUGCCGGUGACGAAAACCCUAAUCGAAAAGAUCCUCCUCAGGCGCUGCCGAGAAAUACAGACCUCGUUUAAGUGUCUGCACUGUACAGAACAGUGGGGAUCUGAUAACAAAUACGGCAUCUCAGAAAGCAAGUUCUGUUCCUUCUCUCUCGGUUCUUUGCUCGCUAUGGUGCCUACAAUAUUUUCUUUUCCGAUUUAUUUUUCCAUUUUUAUUUCAAAGUUCUAAAUGGGAAUUACGGAGAAGAUGACCCAUCAUAGGAAUAUGAUUCUUCAAUCAUUCAAUCAUUCCGUAAUUCGUUCUCUGAUUCUCAAUCUCCUAAGCCCACUAUUUUGCUGUUGGCUUUCUUUUGUUUAUUAACUCUCCUUUUCUCUUUCGCAAGUUAAACCACAAUUCUUGCCCUCAUUUAAAAAAAAAAAAUCUGGUUUUGGUUGAAAUGAUUAUAGCCAGAAUUUGGUUUGAGGGAAAGGAAGAUAAUUUCAUCUAAUCAAAUUAAAAGACAAGAUCUUUA